UUUGUAGAACACACGUGUCUAGGUUAAUUGUCCGUUACGUUUCCUCUCCAGCGCUUUCCGCUUCCAAUACCAAUCUCUUUAUAUUCCUUACGUCCGCUUCAAUUCAAGCCAUUUUUCUUCGCCAACAUUAUACUUCUCCGAUCAACUUCCCCUCCUUCUCUAAUUCCUCUUUAAUCUCUGAUUUCUAUGGCGAUGCCUUCUCGUGAAGCAAUUGAUACUUUCAUCAGCGUCACUGGUGCCUCUGAAGCCAUUGCCGUUCAAAGCCUUGAGGCACAUGGUUCUGAUCUCAAUGCUGCUGUGAAUGCUUAUUUCAAUGAAGGAGAUAGAAGUUCGUCUGUAAACGCACGUCAAGCCUCUGUUUCUGGUGAAUAUGAUUUCAUGGACAUUGAUGAUCCAGUUGAAAUUGAACCCCAGGGUCCUCCUCGGUCUCUUCUAUCUACAGCUAGAGAGAUAAUGAAUCCCUUUUCAUUACUUGAUCAAAAUCUGCGCCAGGGGUUCUUUGACCGCUCUUCUGAUUUUACAAGGUCUGGUCCACUUGUGACUCAUCCAAGAGAGUUGAGGGAGGUUCCCAUAGAAUUUAGAGAUGGUAGUCGACCAUCUAACCAAUCAGCCCAUGAGCCGACAAUUGAGGAUGUCACUGGGAUUCCAGAUGCCCAUGGUCCAGAGGUUCAUGGGACUGUAGUAGUUGAUGAUGGGGAAGAUGAAGAACCUCCCAUUACGUCUAUAGCACAUGCACCAGAUUUAGACCAUCGGGCUGUUGCAAGUAACAUAUCUCGUGACAGAAAUGCUAUAUCUGGUGCCUUUGAAAGUGAUGAGUUUCAGGACACAAAUGAUAUUGAAGAAGAAAUGAUUCGUGCUGCAAUUGAGGCUUCAAAGAAGGAUGUUGGGCAAGCUUACCCGAGUGAUUCCAUAACUACGCACACUGAUUUAAGCAACAUUAGAACUCAAGAACACCUUUCUCACGUAGAUAAUUUUGAAUUUUCACCUGAAGCUUCAUCUGUCAAGCCAGAGGAGGGUUUUCCUCAGCGAGUGGAGAAUAUUGGAGGGUCGAAGGUAGAAGCUUCCAAGUCAACUGAGGUGGAUGUGGAGCUGAGGAAAGUCAGAGGACUGAAUGGAAGGAUGGAAACAGGAAGCACGUCUGCUCAAGACGAAGUUGAAGACCUAGAGGAAGAUAAUUUAGUUAGGCAUCGGUCUAAACGCAAGUCCACUAGCUAUGUAGAGCCUGCAAAGGGGGGUGAAGUAGAUGUAAACCUUGCAUCUAGUCCCAAGCAUUCUGAUACUAGCAAUAAUCCACAGCACAAUGGGAAUAUCUUUCCUUCUGAUGUGUGGGGUGGAAUUUCUUCAGAGGAACAUGAUGAAGCAGUCAUGCUGGAGGCUGCCAUGUUUGGUGGAGCUUCUGAAGGAAGUUCGUUCCAUUUUCCAUCUGCACCACAUGAAUUCAUGAGAAAUCAAGGUUCAUAUGUCCAGCCAGCCCCUCGCCCUCCUUCUCCCUCUUUAGUAGCUCAGCGUUUGAUAAGGGAACAGCAGGAUGAUGAGUAUCUUGCGGCCUUGCAAGCUGACAGAGAAAAAGAAUUAAAGGCCAUGGAAGAAGCUGCAGCUGUUCGUGAACAAGAAAGACAAAGAGAGGAAGAAUCCCGUCAGAAAUUGGAUGCUGAGAAGGAACUUGAAAGACGCUUAGCAGAAAUAGAAGCUUCUCUUCCUAGUGAACCAAGAACAGAUGACGAGAAUGCUGUGACACUAUUAGUGCGCAUGCCAGAUGGCAGUCGCCGCGGUCGUCGGUUUCUCAAAACUGAUAAGCUACAGUGUCUCUUGGACUUCAUUGAUAUUGGUAGAGUUGUCAAGCCUGGCUCCUACAGACUGGUGAGGCCAUAUCCUCGAAAAGCUUUUGGAGAUGGAGAGGGUUCAUUAACAUUGAAUGAACUCGGACUAAACAGCAAACAAGAAGCAUUGUAUCUCGAGUUGAUUUAGUUGAAACCGCAUCAGUUAAAUGAUAUAUACAUGAAAACUACUACAUCUUCCCUCUCUGUUGGAGCUUUCUGUGUGGAUGAAACAGAGAUGGGCAUUUGAAGGUAUAAAAUAGAACCAUUAAGGCGGAAUAAUGGUGUUUGAAGUGCAAAAUAUUUGAUCCUUGUGCCGUGGAGGUUGCCUGUUUGCAGCUUUUUCCUGUUAAUACGAUGAUUUUAGAAAUCAUUAUUGGAUUCUGUGGCUGCUGCUUUGUACAUGACUAGUUCGAUUCAUUUCUCAAACAUUGCAUAUAUCAGAUGAUGGUUAGCCAAAAAUCUUUAGAAUAGAUUCACCAAAUUGUUUUGUUUCUGA